GGUAGUGACACUUUUUUUUAACUUUCUCCAAUACGCCACUUAUUCUUGCCCUUUUCAUUUUCUCCCUCUAAAUGCUAGUGGCUCUCUCUCCCCUCUUCCUUGAACUCAACGUUUCAAGUUUUAUCUUCAAGUUGGCAGCUAAACGUAACAAGUUUUGUUGUAGUAUGAGGAGAGAUGGAUAGAGAACUUAAAAAUGGGAAUUCUUCUUCUUUCCUCUCUAUUAACAAUAACAACGAAGAGUCCCCUAGAAAGCCACAAGGUGGGGGUGGCAAUAGUGAUAGAUUGAAGAGAGAUGAGUGGAGUGAAGGAGCUGUUUCAAGCCUUCUUGAAGCUUAUGAGGCUAAAUGGACACUUAGGAACCGUGCAAAACUCAAGGGACAAGAUUGGGAAGAUGUUGCAAAACAUGUCUCGUCACGUGCAAACUCGACUAAGUCUCUUAAGACGCAAACACAGUGUAAGAACAAGAUUGAGUCGAUGAAGAAAAGGUAUAGGUCGGAGUCUGCUGCGGCUGAUGCUUCGUCGUGGCCGCUUUAUCCUCGUCUUGAUCUUCUACUCCGUGGAAAUGCUCCUCCUCCUCCUCUUUCGUCGUCUCCUCAAAUUUGUCACGGCCCAACUUUUAUGUUUUUAGAAACAUCACUACCGCAAGAACUGCCACAGCCUACACCAACGGUGCCACCUCCACCUCUACCGCCACCUCUACCUCCAGCUCCAACCACGGUUUUGCAACCUGGAAAUCUUGUGCAAAAUUCACAUGGAUCGAAUGGUCUUGAUCGGUCGGCCAAGGAAGAUGGAGUUGCCGACAAAUUAUCCGAUCAUGAAUCGGAUAAAAAUCGCAUGGAGACAGAUAGUAGCACGCCAGGGCCUUGUAGCGGACAGGAGAAACUAAAGUCGAAAAAUUUAAAGAUGAAGAUGGGGCGAAAAAAUAAGCGAAGAGGAGAAGAAAGGGAUAUAGCAGAGAGCAUUAGAUGGUUAGCAGAAGUGGUACUGAGGUCGGAACAAUCUCGAAUGGAGACUAUGAGAGAGUUAGAGAGAAUAAGAGCUGAAGCUGAUGCUAAGAGAGGAGAAAUGGAUCUUAAAAGGACUGAGAUUAUUGCAAAUACUCAACUGGAAAUUGCUAAGCUCUUUGCAGGAAUUGGAAGAGGAGUUGAUUCUUCAUUGAAGAUUGGAAGAAGUUGACAAAUAAUUUAGUAGGAUACUUGAGAAUAUGUAUUGACGUAUUGUAAUACAUAGUAAGUGAAUUUGAAGAUCAAGGAAAAAAAAAAUGAUAUUGAUUUGGAUGGAUUAUGACUAUCAAGAAAAGGAGUAAAAAUGCUUGAGAAGACAAGUAAAGUUGCUUGUUUAUAUAUUACUGUCCAAGUAUUUAUGUGAUGUAAUGACAAAACAAAAUCAUGGCAGUUCAAAAUUUUAAGCCAAGAAUAACUGAUGAA